GAGGGACAGCCAGACUCGAUAUGUCCGACCUGGAUAAUGAUUACGACGAUUACCUUGACGACAAUGCUUUCCUAGCUGCUGAAGCCUCCGAAGCAACCGCAGAAUCGAACGAAAACACCCCCCGAGCGGCGAAGCGACGUCGUUUGGAACAACCCGAGGAAUAUGGCCAGGAUGGAGAAAGCGUGGGAUCACAGACCGAUUCUUUCCGUGCUUCUGGAGAUGUCGGCAAUGACGAAUAUGCCUCAGAUUCGUUCAUAGAUGACGAUGAGAUCCGCUCACCUAGCGGAAGAUCAUACGGGGAAUUUGACGGAGAUUCGAGGCGCAAAUUAAAGGCAUUCUAUCCGAAAAACAGCGUCAUGCAGGAGGAUAUCUUCGUUACGCAGUUAACGCAACCCCCAUCGCCGCCUGAAAGGAUCCGUGGACCUCGUUGGAAGAAACCUGAUCCGAAGCCUCCUACGACUACACCUCUUCCACCAGUACGCGAUGAGAGAAGCGGCGGCGGCGGUAGAGUUGGGAAACCAGCAGUUGAUGGAGGACGAGGAGGAGACAAUGAAUUCUCUGACGAUGAAGGACUGGAUGCCGCCAUUGCGGCAUCGGUCGAAUCCUUCGAGGAGGAGAACUCCCGGGCAGCCACAUCUUCGUUUUCACACGAGCCAGCGCAACCACGACCAGCAACAGCCGCUGCUUCCAGUGGCCAAAAUAGCAAUAAUAACAAUGUUUCAACGGAUUCAUUCCUUGACGAUAUACCGGAGGAUGCGUUUGACUCGGAGCCGUCUUUAUCUCCUCCACCCAGAACGAAUACUCAAGCGGCACAGCGAACUCAGACAUGGCCAAGCAUGGGCCGUCCUUUGAAUGGGCCUACUGGCCUUCGCCAAACAACAUUGUUCGGCAUGGCUGCUCGAUAUGCAGAGUCAGCGCCCAGAGGUGAACAGAACCUCUCUCCACCUAGCAAGGAGGAGCCUCCUACUCACCACAAAUUAAACAACGACGCCACUGCUACGUGGGUUUACCCUACGAACCUGGGCAGGACAAGAGAUUACCAGUUCAACAUAGCUCAAAGUGGCCUCUUCCACAAUUUGCUAGUGGCGCUGCCGACAGGUUUGGGAAAGACGUUCAUAGCGGCAACCAUCAUGCUAAACUGGUUUCGCUGGACAAAGAGUGCUCAAAUCGUCUUCGUAGCACCUACAAAGCCCCUCGUGGCUCAGCAGAUUUCUGCAUGCUUUGGCGUCGCUGGUAUUCCACGAUCACAGACCACAAUGCUUACUGGAGAAGCAGCGCCGGGGAUACGGUCCGAGGAAUGGAAGACAAAGCGCGUGUUCUUUAUGACUCCACAGACCUUGGUAAAUGAUCUCAAAACAGGAAUAGCCGACCCCAAGCGUAUUGUUCUACUAGUCGUCGACGAAGCUCACCGUGCUACCGGUGGCUACGCGUAUGUGGAGGUGGUCAGCUUCCUUCGCCGAUUCAACAAGAGUUUCCGGGUGCUUGCUCUAACCGCUACGCCCGGUUCGACGGUGGAGUCUGUACAGGCAGUCAUCGAUGGUCUGGAUAUUGCACGUGUCGAGAUACGCACUGAAAAAUCUCUCGACAUUCGAGAGUACGUUCAUUCCAAAGAUAUUGAGACUCAAACGUUCGAAAAUUCCGAGGAAAUGGUUCUUUGCAUGGACCUUUUCUCUCGAACAUUGCAGCCUCUUGUGGACCAGCUUCGCAACCUCAACGCCUACUGGGGACGAGAUCCCAUGAUGCUGACUGCGUUCGGCUUGACCAAAGCGAGGCAACAAUGGAUGGCAUCGGAUGCUGGCAGAAAUGCAAACAUGGGAAUGAAAGCUAAAACUAACGCUAUAUUCACGGUUCUUGCGAGUUUGGCCCAUGCGAUUGAUCUGCUCAAGUAUCAUGGAAUUACCCCCUUUUACCGCCACCUGUUGCAUUUUAAAUCCAGCGUCGAUGGUAAAAAAGGUGGAAAGUACCAGCGCCAGAUUGUCCAGGAUGAUCAUUAUAAGAAGUUGAUGAACCAUCUUGAUCCAUGGGUCAAAAAUCCCGAGUUCAUCGGGCACCCUAAGCUUGAAUAUCUCAAGCAGGUUAUCUUGAACCACUUCAUGGACGCUGGUGAGGGCGGCGAAGACUCAAAUAAAUCGGCGACAAAGGUCAUGAUAUUCGUGCACUUUCGAGAUAGUGCUGAAGAAGUCACAAGGGUGUUGAAACGAUAUGAGCCUAUGAUUCGACCACAUAUUUUCGUUGGACAAAGUAGUGCCAAGGGCUCAGAUGGAAUGAAUCAAAAGACCCAACUUGGCGUCGUGGAGAAGUUCAAAAAGGGGACCUAUAACACCAUGGUAGCUACGUCAAUCGGUGAAGAAGGCCUGGAUAUCGGUGAAGUCGACCUCAUUGCUUGCUAUGACUCCUCUGCCUCGCCAAUUCGUAUGCUUCAACGAAUGGGGCGGACUGGUCGUAAGAGGUCCGGAAACAUUGUCUUGCUUCUUAUGCAGGGUAAAGAAGAGGAAUCCUACAUUAGGGCAAAAGACAACUACGAGAAAAUGCAGCAUAUGAUAGCCAGCGGCACCCGGUUCACUUUCCAUGACGAUACAUCCCCUCGCAUCCUCCCGGCGGGCGUGCGGCCUAUACCUGAUAAAAGACAAAUCGAUAUACCGGACGAGAACGAACAGCAAGAUUUGCCUGAGCCGAAAAGAGGAAAAGGGCGAGCUCCGAAAAGACCGCCAAAGAAAUUCCACAUGCCAGAUGAUGUCGAAACGGGCUUCACUAAAGCAUCCAGCCUCGACGAUAUCAAGAAAAGCAAGAAAGAUAACAAGAGUAAGAGGCGUGUUCGAACGCCAACUCCUGGGCCUGUCGAGCUGCCUGCACUUGAUGAAGUGUUACUUACUUCACCGCAGCAACGAGAGCUUGAACACCGGUAUCAGAAUAUUGGGGGCACUAGUCCGCAGUUUAUUCGUUAUCCGAGGAAUGAUGCUUUUCCUCGUUUGCAGCAUGUCUCGAGGCCUACGAAAUCGGUGAAACAUGGGAAACUGACUCAUCGUAUGAUUGGUAUGUUGCGAAAUAUGGACAAUGUGAAUGCCGAUUGCGAAAAGCAUUACAAGCAUAUUCUGUCUCUUGUGCCUAAACCGCCCCCAAAGCUUUCGUCUCCUGUCAGCGAAGCACCCCGACGGAAGGCGAGCGAUAGACGGCCAACGAAUCAUUCUAAAAGAUCCAAACCUCGUGCUUCAGAACCUAAACCAAAUCCGCCACCCAUCGAACUCGAUGGGGAAUUGAAUCUCGAUGACGAACCACCUUCUCCAGAUGUGUUAUUGUCUUCCCUGGGAGACCGUCAAGAAUCACCCAAAGCCUCGCAGGUGAGCGAUCUGGAUAGCAGCUAUGAUCUUCCGGACCUCAAGACACUUUUUGAGCAGGCAGGCGUAGAAAGUCAGCCCAUGCGCAAGCGACGUAAAGUCGUGGAUGAUGACUGUGAUGAAUGAGUUUGGGACGUGUUAUGAAUCUUGGCUGGUUUUGGUAUGGUGUCUGUUUUUGAAGCGUUGGAUAUUAAGUAUAUACCCAGAUUUUUGUUGUAUCAAAAUAUAGACAAGCAUGUACUCAUGCAUAGCAACC